CUCGUCUCAAAUCUUCCCGCGGGCGGAAAAACGCGCGUCCUGCAGCAGUAAAAAUGAGAGACUACGGAAGGCUAGGUUUUUACUUGCUGAAGGGGUUACAAGUCUAAUGAAUAAUUGACUUUUAUGUCAAUAAAUAGCGUGCAUUGUCCUUUGUCUGCAGGUGCCACUCAAGUGACCUAGUGGAAUAUUGAUUCUAACAACUGAAGUGUUUAAGAACUAACAUGUAACCAGUUAAGUCAACAAAAUAAAUGUCGUAAAAUAGCAAGAAACCUUCAAAGUUUUUACCAUCAACUGGCAUGGAAACAUGGCGACCCAUUACGUUGCUAUGCUAGUCGUGUUCUACUCCAAGGCGCAGUGGAAACUAUUUUUUGUGCUGGUGGCGUAUUGUGUUUUGAGACUAAAUUCUCUGCCAUUACCUGAUGAAGCGAGAAAACUGGAGGACUCUCAAUCUGUGAGCUGUGUAAGCGUCAGUUUUAUCAACAACUGCAAAAGGCCAAUAAAAAUCUGGAAAACGAUGUCGCCGACAACAUUCAAAGGCUUCAUUAUUUCAGGAAACAUUUACCGAAUGAAGACUAUGGUGCUUAACCAAAGGAAACCAGUUGUAUUUCACGCAGAAGAUCUGGGUUCCAACCAAUCCGAUAAACUUUUACUAGAAGGGCAGGAGUCCCUUUCAAUUCUCCCGUUUGACUGUGAUGACAAAUUUGUUAAUGUUUCAGUUAGCUGUCGGUCUAAACUAAGCUAGAAGAGUAAAUUAAACUGAAGACGUGAUAAACCCUUUCACUCUUUAACUCUUUCACACCGAGUGAUUGGUAUCCAAUGUCUCCUCACAGUAUCUCUUUUGAAUCAAACAUGACGGUCACGAGACUAAAGGAAAUGAUCGCCAUUUAAAAAAGCUCUUGAUUGUUCAACAAAUUCUUCUUGCUAUUCCCAUAGUGAAUAUAUAGAGAACAGUUUAGAGAAUAUAUAUGCUUAUGUCAAAAUGUAAAGGGUUGAAAAGUAAUUGAGAGAAAAUAAGGGACAGAGAGCAACGCUUUGCGUGUUAGCUAAAAAAUUAUACAACGGUUCUGUUUAUUGUGGCUAGCUAAGUUUGAAUAGAAAUCGCCUGCGCCGGUAAAUUAUUGCUCAAGAAAUACAAUUUCCUUCUCUUUCGAAGUGGUUUUUCAUCGAAAUUUAAUUACCUGCUCGCUCUUCGCUGUCACAUUGCUUUCAAUUUGAAAAUCGUCUUUAGGUUAACCUUCAUGUGGACGUCUCGGAAAGUAGAUGUCAGUUCGAGGUAGUAUCCGCAAGGAACUUAACCCUUUGACAGGUUAGAGUGACUAGCAUCUAAUUUCUCCUUACAGUAUCACCCCUGAAACACAGAUCAAGGUCACGAGAAUAAAAAAAAUGAUCACCAACUAAAAGAGCUCUUGACUGUUAAACAAAUUCCUCUCGUCAGCACCUCAAGAAAUGUGUAGAGAACAGUAUGGAGAAUAUGCCUACUGAUAUUAGGGCGUAAAGAGCCCACUUCGGUUUAGAUAUCUCAAGGCCCAGACCGCGAACCUUCCUCUCUGUUUUCUCUUCCUUUGCAUAAAAAGGUCACAAACUUAAGGGCGUUACUGGAGUGUAUACUGAAGUGUCCAAGACUACCCUUCCCCCUACCAGCUCAACAA